CCCACCUGUGCCCAGCAAUGCACCCACGUGUGCCCAGCAGUGCGCCCACCUGUGCCCAGCAAUGCGCCCACCUAUGCCCAGCAGUGCGCCCACCUGUGCCCAGCAAUGCACCCACCUGUGCCCAACAGUGCGCCCACCUGUGCCCAGCAAUGCACCCACGUGUGCCCAGCAGUGCGCCCACCUGUGCCCAGCAAUGCACCCACCAGUGCCCACCUGUGCCACCCACCAGUGCCCAUCAGUGCAGCCCAGCAGUGCUGCCAGUCAGUGCCACCAGUCAUCAGUGCCACCUAUCAGUGCUGUCUAUCAGUACCAUUAUCAGUGUCGCCUAUCAGUGCCACCUAUCUGUGACACCUCAUUAGUGCUGCCCAUCAGUG